CUUCUACUUCUUCUUCAUCUUGUACACUCCUUUAGUUAUCUAUCAAAAAAGAUUCAAAAACUUUCUAAAAAGCAAAAAUAAUGGAAGGAAAGUAUGAAGAGAACUUGAAUUCUCAUCAUCAUAAUCCAUGUGUAGAGAUAGCCAUGGAAAUUCAUAAGGUUGAGACACCACCUAAGAGAAGUAGCUUACAAAAGCUAGGAAAUAAGCUCAAAGAAACCUUCUUUCCUGAUGACCCUCUUAGGCAGUUCAAAGGACAAUCCACUAAGCAAAAAUGGAUUCUUGCUUUUCAAUACAUUUUUCCUAUACUUCAAUGGGGUCCUCAUUACAACCUUAAUCUACUCAAAUCUGAUAUUGUGUCUGGUCUCACAAUUGCUAGUUUAGCCAUUCCUCAGGGAAUAAGCUAUGCAAAGCUUGCCAAUCUCCCUCCUAUUGUUGGUUUAUAUUCAAGUUUUGUGCCACCACUAGUAUAUGCUGUACUAGGGAGCUCAAGAGAUCUAGCAGUUGGACCAGUGUCAAUAGCAUCAUUACUGAUGGGGUCAAUGCUAAGACAAGAAGUGUCACCAACCCAAGAACCUCUUUUGUAUCUCCAAUUGGCUUUCACUUCAACCUUCUUUGCUGGUCUCUUUCAAGCCUCUCUUGGAUUUCUAAGGCUUGGAUUCAUAAUUGACUUCUUGUCAAAGGCAACGCUAAUUGGAUUCAUGGCUGGAGCAGCAAUUAUCGUAUCACUUCAACAAUUAAAAGCCCUUCUUGGCAUUACACAUUUCACUAAAGAAAUGGGCUUGGUUCCUGUUAUGUCCUCUGUUUUUCACAAUACUAAAGAGUGGUCAUGGCAAACGAUCUUGAUGGGGUUUUGUUUUCUUGUAUUCCUGCUUGUGGCAAGACACAUUAGCAUAAAGAAACCAAAGCUAUUCUGGGUAUCAGCAGGAGCACCUCUACUUUCAGUUAUUGUGUCUACACUCUUUGUUUUUGGCUUCAAAGCUCAAAAACAUGGCAUUUUAGUGAUUGGAAAGUUGGAACAAGGACUAAAUCCACCUUCAUGGAACAUGUUACAUUUUACUGGAAGUCACAUAGCCUUAGUCAUGAAAACUGGCCUUAUCACUGGCAUUAUCUCACUCACUGAAGGGAUAGCUGUAGGAAGAACAUUUGCAGCCCUUAAGAAUUACCAAGUUGAUGGUAACAAAGAAAUGAUAGCCAUUGGAGUCAUGAAUGUUGUUGGUUCCACCACUUCUUGCUAUAUUACUACAGGUGCAUUUUCACGUUCUGCUGUUAACCACAAUGCUGGAGCCAAAACAGCCGUAUCCAACAUAAUCAUGGCGGUGACAGUUAUGGUGACGCUUCUAUUCCUGAUGCCGUUGUUCCAUUACACACCAAACCUUGUAUUGGGCGCGAUUAUCAUCACAGCAGUCAUUGGCCUCAUUGACGUCCCAGCCGCAUACCAAAUAUGGAAAGUUGAUAAAUUUGACUUUGUGGUGAUGUUAUGUGCUUUCUUUGGUGUCAUCUUUAUAUCGGUCCAAGAAGGACUUGCAUUGGCUGUUGGGAUUUCGAUAUUUAGGAUGGUGUUACAAAUGACAAGACCGAAAACAGUGGUAUUGGGUAACAUACCUGGGACUGAUAUAUUUAGGAAUAAACAUCAGUACAAGGAUGCUGUUUCAAUCCCCGGUUUCUUGAUUUUGAGCAUUCAGUCUCCAAUCAACUUUGCCAACUCCAACUAUCUCAAUGACAGGAUUUUGAGAUGGAUACAAGAUUAUGAGGAAGAAGAACCCAAAGGACAUUCAGACCUUAGAUUCGUGCUGCUAGAUCUCGCAGCUGUAAGUGCCAUUGAUACAAAUGGAGUGACAUUUGUCCAAGAACUCAGAAGGGUAUUGGAAAAGAGGAAUGUUGAGCUUGUAUUAGUGAAUCCGGUGGGAGAAGUGAUGGACAAGUUGCAAAAAGCAAACGCAGACGAUGUCUUACAACCGAAUACACUUUACUUGACGAUAGGAGAAGCUGUUUCAACACUAUUUUCAUCAAUGAAGAAUGUUUCAUCAAAUCAUGUGUGAAGGAACAAAUGUGGGGUGUUGCAAGUAUCAAAAUAGCAUGAUGGGGAAGAAAGAAAAUAUGUAAGUAUUGCAAUCUAAUCCAAGGAUUUAGAUCUUGUUUUCCAGGUUAUAGGAUUUUUAAAUUACGCUUGGAAACAAAUAUUGUUAAGGUUCUUAGAAGGGGCUGGGGCACCCCUUGAUAUAUGUUAUGGAACACCCAUGUAAUGUUUUGACCAUUAAAAUUUCAAUUGUUUUGCAAA